AUGGAACGCGCGUUUGAGGAACUCUUGUCUGAGAAGGGAACUGUGGAUUUGCAAAAGGAAAAUGAUACAAUAUACGUCGAGCAGGCAGAAAAUUCGUUGAAGAGAUGCAAAAAUGAAUAUAAAACAAUUCUUGUGGACAAAACUAUGUUACAAUUGAAAAUGCGAAGAAGUAAUGAGAAAUUGCAGUUUUACAAUGAAAAGGUUUUUGACUUAGAAAAAGACCGUCUGUAUAUGAAAAAUUGCGAAAAGGAAAGAGAGACUGAUAUUAGCAUUGCAAUAGGAAUGGCGGUUGCAACACUCCGCUUGACGAAUGAAGAAAAUGCAAAGCUGAAGAAAGAAAUCAACUGCAGGCGAUUGCAAACUAGCAAACUUAUUAAUCGGUAUGAAAUUGAGUCGCUUAAAAUGGCCCAAACAUCUGAAGGCAGGGUGGAAAACCCACCGCUCCAUGUGAUCAAGGUUGUUGAACUGUUUUUGUGCAUAAUAUUUUAUGAUGGACUGGUGCUGCAAGAAAUGGAUGGGCUAAAAAGUCACGGGGACAAAUUGGACGCGGAAAUCAAGCAGUCCAAAAAAGAGUUGGAGGCCCUUCAAAAUACGUUAUCACUUUUGAAAGAAAGCAAUCGAAUUUGUGAAAGCAAUUAUCUUGAAGCGGAAUCUGAUUUGGUUCAAGAAAGAAACAUACUUGAACAAAGCCGUAAGGAACUAAAGAGUACUGUUCACAGAAAGAAGGAACGGCUCCUAUACACAAGGACAAAGGUUGAGGAAUUGAAACUAGCCAUGGAUGCGGCAGACCAAGAGCUAAUAAAGGCGCAAUUUUGUGGAAAUCAACUUCAAACAAAUACGUCCAAAUUGGAAAAAGCCAUCAACAUCUUAGAUCAACGAAUUUUGAGAGCCACAAGGUGUCUAACGAAAUCCAAGUCAGCUGCCCUUCAGCAUAUCCGAAAAGUGAGGGAUUUAAAGGAAACGGAAAUACGUGCUGAUAUAGAGUUGCAGCUGAAAAGAGACCUUAACGAGAAGCUGGUGGCGCUGACGAUGAGUCAGCUGCGGAGCAAAGAUCAGAAGGGUGUAGAGGUGCAGGCUCGGGUCUACCUCGCAGCCGCCGACAUCAUCACGGGUCCACGGUCUUCAUGGGCCCCAUUGAGGGACACCACCAGGCUGAGUGGUACCUCUUCCACGGGCACUCCAUGCUCUAGCGCUGCCGUCACCACCAUCCCCUCGCCCACUUCCACAAGAUCAUCAAUUCCUCAACGACUGAGCCUACUGGAGGGCCGCACUCUACUAGGAGAAUCAUCAAGCUGCAGAGCUUCUAUCAAGAGCGGCAAGUAG